GCGAGACCAAAAACAAAAACAAAAACCAAAAACAAAAACAAAAAACAAAACCAAAAAGAAUAAGGAAAGAGGCAGCAUACAUAUUUAUAUUGGAGUAUACGACAGUGUAAAAUCGGGCAAUAAUGCGGCCGGUUCUGUUUCAGUUUUACACCGUUGAGACAAUACUGAACAUGAUAAUCAUGUUUUAUCAUGUACGCGGAUUUCUGGCACAUCCGCUGGAUUUUCUGGAAUUCUGGCAACAGUUUACUCACUAUUUCUUUUCCGUUUCCUUCUUUAUUUUCACAAUAUUAACUCUAUUCGCCAGUAUCAACAUUUGCACCGGACACCAGUGCUCCUUAAAUGAGGAAAUCAUACGCACCGUAUGCGGCUUUGUGUUCUACAUAACCAUUUCGCUGCUGACGCUGCAGAAUGCGGAGGCGGACUUUCAUCUAAUGUACCUAAUGAUCGAGCACAAAUCGGAGGUGGAGCGACCGUUGCAUCCGUUCUUUGAGUUUAUGCGCGCCCAGGCGGUAUGCGCCCUGACCUGCGGCGUCACCUAUUUGCUGCACGCGAUCGUUGUCAUUGAUGUGUCAUUGUCGAACGAGGAGGAAUUCGAUUUCGAAAGAAUGUUCGAUGAUUCCGAAGAGUACAGCGAGAAUCUUGAAUAUAUACCAGCUCGUCUUUAUCUGCUGGGCGAGUUGGUGCAAACGCGUCUUGAGCAGUACGAAUGGUUUUAUAAUUUUGCACGCGGUGCUCCGCUGCCCAUUUAAGGAUCUCCAACCACAGGA